GCUCGGGGCUGUGCGUGCGUGCCUGGGGCGGGCUGGCGCCGCGGCCCCUGCGGGCGCUGAGCCCAGCAGCCGGAGGCUGUGCGGGACCGGAGCGGAGCGGGGAGAGACGGCCGGUGAGGAGCUUGGCUGGGGUGGCGUUACGCCGCUGUGAGGGGUCGAGCCGUGGGGAGACUGUUGUGUAAAGCCGGGCAGGGCCGAGUCGAGACCUCCGUGAGAAGCCUACACAGGCUGGGGACGAAAGUACCGUGAAGGGCCGUUAGAGCCGAGGAGAGAUCACCAAGAGUGGCCGAACUGUUUCUGGCAGAGAGUGGCACCAUGAAGGGCCGAGCCGCAGCCCAGUUCUGCGGAGACACGAUCAUGACGCCCGCCCGCCGGCCGGGGCAGCUGCCCUUCCGCUCGGUGCCCCUCAGCUGCCUCCCCGAGGGAACGCGGACCCCGCUGAAGGAGCUCCUGAGGCCCCACGGUACCUUCACCAUGUGCCCAGCUGCCGGCUGGGAGCCGGCGGGCCCUGGGGGAAGCCGCCCCGAAGGGCCGGAUCCUGACACCGCUUUCCAGUCCAUGGUGCUGGUGAGGGGCGAGACCGGCAAGGAGCUGCUGGAUGUCAGCAAGGUACUGGACAGACUCCUCACCAUCCCUCAGCGCUGCUUGGAGCGACGAGCUGGCGAGCGAGCUGCCAGGGAGACCCCUCACCAUGUCUUCCAGCAGAUGAAGGCCAAGGCCUUGCAGAAGCAUCUGUGCCCUGGGCGGCCUGCGAGAGAGGAGCCACCAAGGGGCUGCAGCACCCACUUCAUCCUGACCCCCGUCCCAAAACCGGUGGAGCAGUGGGGAAUUCUGGAGAGAACUGUCAUGGCAGGUGUGCAGAGAACAGACCAGAGGCCUGCUGAGCAUUUUCAGCCGACAGAAGAUUUAAAUGGUUCUCUGUUUCCUAAUAAGCAACUCAUGAGAGCUGUAGCCAGAGACUCUCUUACCUCAGAGUCCCCUCAGAAGUUCUUCCUGCGUGUCAAGAAGAAAUUGCAGCAGCAGAAAGAGUCUUCAAACCAAGUGAAGCAAAACCUUCCUCCUCCCACCUUUACAGAGCAGCCACCAAUGGAGGCUGUGCAGCCUGAGCAGCUGAGGGAGCCUGCAGAGAGCAUGGCCAUCGACUGGGAUGAUCGUGACACAUUUACUGUAGAAUCCCUGGAUGCCGACGAUGAAUCCUCUCAUGAAACAGAUGUUACUUCUGGCAAUGUAAUCUCUUUUCCUUCCAAAAAUGGGGAUCAGUUAGGAGAAAACUGGCAAACCAGAGAAGCCAAACAAACUGAACUUCAUCAAGACAGAAGAAAGUUGCAGCCAAGUAACAAGCAAGCUGCUCAAGGAGUAGAAAAGGUCGCGCAGCCCAACUCGCCCAAGUCCACAAACUCCUUCUGUAGUAUCGUGUUGGAUACUCGUGAAUUCCAUUUUCCCAAGAAGCAAAAGAAGAAAGACUUUAAUGUCCCAUCAAAUAAAGCUCCUACAGAUCAAGCUGCUGACAAAGCAGAGAAAGAGCAGAAAAAUAUCUGCCUCACCAGCUGGAGGAUCAGAGUGAUGGAUGGCAACUCUGCAAUCUUUGUGGAAGGAAAAUUAAAGGAUAAGAAGGGUCAGCUUUGGCACAGUAAUGCUGUCAUGGAACGCAUCAAGUCCAACCAAGUGAGAACCUCUUCUGGCAGUGUCUACUUGCUGCAGGGAAGGAUUGAUGAGGCCUCCAUGACAAAAGAAGGCUUUCCCUACAAAUUCAUCAGAAGAUUCAUGUUUGGCUUUUCCAAGAAGUGGAAGGAAUAUGUUGAGGAGUUCCUUGAAGAAAGGAGAAGGAAAGAAAAGCAAAGCACAGAUGAGGCUGAGAACAGUGAUCCAGUGACAGUGGACACGUUGAACACUGGAGGAGGCACAGCAAGAGAUGGAAGGAGACCUGAUUUCAGAAACACCACCUAUGAAGUACUGCCAGAGGUUGAUGGGAACACUUAUAAGACACCGAAACAGACUCGUCCAGGCAGUGACUCAGACAAGGUUUACACCCGGAGUGGUCGCCUUGUGAAGCCACCCCUCAGCUUCUGGUGUGGGCAGAGGGAGUUAGUGGAUCAGGAGCUGAAUGUUACCAUAGAGGAAGGUGGAACAGAUUAUCUGAGUAUGAUGUUCAGUGCUGUAAAAUCCCAAAGAAAGACCAAUUCGGCCCCUAAGAAGAGAAAAGGAAAGGAAGCCACGAAGGCAUUGGAAAAAACACCAAAAGUCCAAAGUAAAGGGAGGAGCAAUGACAAAGGGGUGAGUUCUAGGGGACAUCUCAAGCCCACUAGGAGUAAGAAGGCCAGGCACUUCGUUUCAGAUGAGGAGGAGAGUGAGCAGGCGGGUGUUACCACUAGAAGCACAGCCCAGCUUUCUGCUAGGCCCAACCCCUCCAGUGCUGAAGCACUCAGCAGACAGAACAGCAGAGCCCUAGCAGAGAGGAGACAGAAGAGAGAAGCAGGCUAUGGAGAGUCGACUGUCCACCAGCACAGGUACAAGUCCUGCUUGAGGUCCAGCAAACAGCUUAAAGACCAACUGUUAACAGAUGUAUCAUCAAGUACAAGUGAAGAAGAGGAGUCUGGUGAAGGUGUCACACUGCCCAAGAGGAGGAGGAAUAAACCUGCCUUCAGUCAAGUGACUUCAACCUCUAAGCUCUCCUCUCACUGUCAGGGUUCACAGAAUGACGCUAAGAAGGUGCGGAGUGAGCAGAGGACAGUGAAGCUGUCUGCUGCCUCUCAUCACAUGGUGCUGAGGCAAAGUGAGCCUGGAUCCACUGAUGGCAGUGACUCCCAUGGAGGAAAAACACCUUCUGAUGAGUCUCCUGCCUGCCUGCCUGAGGAGGCAACAAGGGGGAGAAGAGCGUUCAACCUUUUGAGAUGUCUGGAGUCUGACAGCGAGCCUGACACAGAGGAGCUUCAUGUCAAAAGGAAGAACUCCAAAGCCUCUGCCAAAAAAACAACUUCUCAAGUUUCUAACCCUGCCAAAUCUUCAGCAGUCAGAUCGAAGGAACCUGAGAGGGAAAAGGUGCAGCCACCUGUGGAGCUCUUUCAGAGGGCAGCUGAUGGGUGGUCUGAAAAGGAGCUGCAGAAGCUCAACAGGGCUGUGGCAUCCUUUCCCAAGCACAAGAGUGGCUUCUGGCUGGACGUAGCCAUGGCAGUGGGCUCGCGCUCGGCUGAGGAAUGCCAUCAGAAGUACUUGGAAGAACAAGAGGCAAAAGCUUCCAAGCCCCGCACCAAGAAGAGCAACACUUCAGCAAAACCAGCACAGAUGGGUAAGGAGGAGCCAGUGAUGAUAACUGCCAAAGUGGGAACCUUCAAGAGGAAGCAGCAGAUGAGAGACUUCCUGGAGCAUUUGCCAAAGGACAACCAUGAUGAUGUUUUCACUGCCACGCCCUUUCAGAACAGGAGAGUAAAGUUGCCAAGGUUGUGUGGAAGCAGAGAUGAUGAUGUCUUUGCGCUUAAGGACAACCCCAUCACACCUUCCUCAGUCAUCUUCCCCAUGGCAAAAACCCCCCAGUGUGAGCACAUCAGCCCAGGCAUGCUGGCACCCAUCAACAGGAACGACUAUGACAAGCACAUCUUCAGGAUGCAGAAGCAGGGCAGCAGAGGCACCUGGGACAAGGUCAAGAAGUCGGCUGCAGCAGUGCUGGGCACACCAGCUUCAGGCAGAACCAAGUUCAGCUGUACCCAAAAGGUGACCCCAGCUGCUGACACUGAGGACUUCUUUGUGGUAGAGACCGCAGACUCUGAGGAGGGGGAGCAGGAUGAUGAUUACUUCUCUUUUUGAUUUUACCAGCUCAACACUUCUGUACCUUUCUGCUGAUGCCACUCUCAGUUCAUUGCCUGUCCCAACACCUCUUUCCCUGUAUUCAGUCUGUACUGAGUGCUACCUCCUUGCCCAGGUUCCAUCUCCCUCUUUGUGUCUUUCUUCUGAAGGCUGCAGAAAUGGAUGUUUCAUUUGGCUUCAGUGUCAGAGAAAAGAUGAGCUGGAGCUAUAGCUGUAAAAUAAAUUCGUAAGGGCAAAGCUUGACCCAGGAUGGCUUCUUGGAGCUCUCCAGGAGAGGCCUCCCUUUUUACAUUUCAUUGAUGUAAUAAAAAAGCAGACUUUAGGUCACCUCUGAGUCUUUGGAGAGGAGAAAGUGCACAAGCUCUCUCUCUUCUCUGCUGGGCCUGCAACUUUUCUGUCCUCUUGGGUAUUUAAUAAACACCCCUCACUAAAGACAGCAGGGUGGCGGCUGGAAGGGCCCCUGCAGAUCACCCAGCCUAAUCCCCCUGCUUAGCAAAGGGCACCCACAGCAGCUUGCCCAGGCUCACAGUGGCCAAGUGCAUGUAGAAUCUCUCCAGAGAAGACU